UCCUUUAUCCUGAGCUGUGGUAUGGCUGUACGUCAGCCUUCGCAAACUAUUCUCUCUCUACUUUCCUUCGAGUGUUUCCCUUUCACCUGUUAGAGUACAGCUUGACUUCCAAUAUGAAACAUCAAUGGACUUAUAGCCUGCUUCUCUGUCUCUCAAUCCUUCGAUCUUUGUGUUCCUUAGACCUCUUACAAGAUACUUCCUAUGAAGUAGUUAUAACAACAGAAAACAAUCUGACUUUUAAAGAUGCCACAACCAUCUGUGACAGCUAUGAUAAAGCAGCCCUGGCCAGUAUGGUACAAGUCAGCACGGCGUAUCUUAAUGGACUUGAGGUUUGCAAGUGGGGCUGGGUGAGAGAGGAGGAGAUAGUGAUGCUCCGUCAGACACCCCUCCAACUGUGCGGGAACUCCAGUGUGGGUAUUCUGUUAAAAGACUGCUCAGAUAUGGUAUCCGAAUACGCGUUUUGUAUUACACAAAAUGGAACGUCCAAUGUGCUGUACGAUAUUUCCCUUGGACCCCUAAGCUCGUCUUAUGAAAACGCAAGCAUUAUUUGCUUACUAAAUAGAAGUCACAUUGCUACGCAGGCGGAGAUCGAAACAAGUAUCCACAGAUUAACAUAUAAUAAACCUGCUUGGUACAACUGGGGAGUUGGUACCCUCACAACAAAUGGGACAUUUACAGGUCAACCAUGUCGAGAUCCAACGAGAAGAGCAUCUGCCUACUGCUACAAGUCAAGUAAGUGCCUCGAAGAUUGCACGUCUACGCUUAUUACAUCUAUAGUUGCCUCGUCAUGCUCUUCCACACUGUUUACCGGUAUAUUAGUGAACAGGAAAAAGUUGGUAUCGCUUUUCAAGAAAAAAAAACAAGCAGACACUACAGAUGCAGCUUCCACCAGUGAAUCUACAACAACCACGCAGUCCACCACACCUACCUACCAAGCCACCAGUGAGCAGAAAGACCUAGAGAACAUCAUAGCAUCAACACAGUAUACCUACACUCAGAAUAAAUCUGAUGCGGUAGUUGAGAAACGUGGCCAAGUCGUCUACAUCGAGAAGAAGGUCUACAAAUCUCACGUCUACAAAAACCAGACCAUUAAUGGUGAGAACGAAUGAGGAGCAAAGAACAAUGAUAAAAUGGACUCUAAUGAAGAACACCUAGACAGCAACACAAGACUGGUCACCGGUGACCGCAAUCCUUUGGAUUUCGGCAAGCACUUGUAUCCCACUUUGAGUGUUGAAAAGGAACAUAAGCCUUUCUGUGGGUUGGAUCCAUAUACGAUCCUACAUUAAAGUCAAAGGAAUCAUUACUUUAAAUAAUAAGUUAAUAGAAAAUGUAAGCUCCGUGAAUUAAACUUAAAAAGUAACCUUGGAGGGAAAAAAACAAAUGAGCCGUCUGUUAAAAAUAAUCGACCUGAUUCUACUUUAAAGUGUUAUUUAAAUAUGUGUACACGUUCUCUUUUCAACACUUUAAUAAAAAAUAAAUGUAAUUAA